CUCGUCACAGGGGACUCACGUGGACACGGCGCUUUUUAAAAACCUAGCUCCUGAGUUUUUCCCUCAAGUUCAAUUUUUAGGGGGGGAUUUUCCCAUCACCUCGCAUUCUUGAGUUGCCAGUUGUGACUAUUUAACCCAGUUUACCUCAGCUUUGCCGUGCGCGAUUCUCCCUCUCUCUCCCUCUCUCUCUCUCUCUCUCUCUCUCUCUCUCUCCCCCCUCUCUCUGCACACCGCCUCUCCACCGAGCUCCGCGCUCUCCCUUUCUGCGUCCUACUUUCCCCCCUCAAGAAGACACGAACAGUCGUCUCCCCUUCUGUAGUAGCAGCAGACCACUGGGCUUUCUCCUCCGCCGCUCCGAGGAAUUAACACACAUACCCCCUCUUCUCGUGUCCUCGUGGUUCCGGUCUGAAGACUGUCCACCUGUCCGCCUGUCCAUGGUGCUGAAGCGCAGUCGCCGGCACUCACCUGUGCGCUGUUCCCGCGGUCUCAGCCGUGGUGUGUAGACCCGCUGCUGCCUCAUCACAACUCGCUCAUUGCUUCGCCUUCGCCGAGCCCACAAGCAUCUCGUCGGGUGAGUUCAGUGUACACAUCGAGGAGGAAAGGAAUAGCCGGGCUGAAAACGACCGAAGACACACUCCUCUGAGGUGACGCCGGGUGCCAGAAUCGGCCACCUGCAGAGAAAACCGGAUGCAUGGGACGUCGGUGUGAUAGAAGUUAAUCUGGAAGUGUUUGAAACUGCUGGGAGGCGACACAUAGUUCAGGAUUAUAGAGUUUAGCCGAACGAUCGCACGAUCUGUGGUUUCUUUUCUCGGGGGAUAAACUGCGACCAAAAAAACCCUAAUCUUUUCCUGAAUACCAAUGAUAGUUUAAGGCCUCGAAAACCCGACGAUGGAGGCAUCCGGAAACGGAUCCAGUUUUGGAAUCGACUCGCUGCUUUCCCACCGACCGGGCAGUCCGAUGUCCAAGGGGGGCAGCCUGGUGGGGGACUGCCGCUCGCCGCUCGAGUUCAGCCCGAGGUCGGAUGUGGAGAGCGGCUGCUCAUCUCCUCCGUCGCCCCGGAGGGAAUGCGUGGAGGAAGUAUCGCAGAGACAGGGCCACGGCAUCGGUCUCCCGCAGCACCUGCAGCACGCGCAGAUCUCCGCCGGGUCCCAGCAGCGGACGGUGACGUCGUCCUUCCUCAUCAGAGACAUCCUGGCGGACUGUAAACCUUUGGCCGCCUGCGCGCCCUACUCGAGUAACGGGCAGCCUACCCAGGAGACGGGGAGGCUUGGGUCGAAAAUUGCGGAUGACUUCAUGGAUAAAAUCCACAGCAACUCCUCGUCGGACAGUGAAUAUAAAGUGAAGGAGGAGGGCGACAGGGAGAUCUCGAGCAGCAGGGACAGCUCGCAGGUGCGGCUGAAGAAACCCCGGAAGGCGCGAACGGCGUUCACUGACCACCAGCUCGCCCAGCUCGAGCGCAGCUUCGAGCGACAAAAGUACCUGAGCGUGCAGGACCGCAUGGAGCUCGCGGCCUCCCUCAACCUCACGGACACGCAGGUCAAGACCUGGUACCAGAACCGGAGGACUAAGUGGAAGAGGCAGACGGCGGUUGGACUGGAGUUGUUAGCGGAAGCCGGUAAUUAUUCUGCCCUGCAGCGGAUGUUCCCGUCCCCUUACUUCUACCCUCAAAGCCUGGUGUCCAACCUGGACCCGGGAGCAGCGCUCUACCUGUACAGAGGACCCUCGGCGCCCCCGCCGGCGCUUCAGAGACCCCUGGUCCCCAGGAUCCUCCUGCACGGCCUUCAGGGGGGCAGCGAGCCGCCCCCUCUCCCCCCUCUCUCCGGCGUGCUCUCCCGGCCGGGCCAGCAACGGUGAGCCGGCCAUUACAGAUUUAAUGCCCUCCUUGGAAGCUCGGGACUCCCAGUGUGAGCGAGAGGGAAGAGAGGAAAUCAGUGUCGGCCUAACGGGGAAAUAAAGACCCCGGGCCGAGCCCCGUGAAGAGGAUUGAAUCUGUGGCGCGAAAAACUUCCAGUCAUCUGUCUGGAUAUAUAUUUUAUUUUUUCACAUUAUUAUAAUUUUUUUAUACCAUGAACUUUAUUUAUUAGGUAUUUAUUUUUUCCUAUAAAUCGGAGAUAAUUUAUGUAUUUAUUUUUUAUUGUUUUGUUUUUUUUCAUUCACUGUUCGUAGGCCCUACGGGGGCUGGAUUUACGGAUUACAGGCACUUUCAAACACACUCAUGGAUGCAAAUUCAACCAAUAAUAACAAUAAAACAAUACUAUUUAGUGGCUAAUACCAAUUACUGUUAAUAAAUAAUAUUUUCAAUAUUUUGGGUUAUUAUUUGUCUUAAUUUUUUUUUAAUCAUUUGGUUAUUGUUCUGACAGGUUGUUUUUUUUUUACAUUAUUUUUACUUUACUGUUUACAAGCAGAUAAAGAUCCACUGUUAUCCACAUGUAAAUAAGAAUAUUUUGCAUUUGAUCCAAAAGAGAGUGAUUUUACAGACAUGUCUUGGUGUGUGUGGUCCGUCGCUCUCAGACCCCGGGAGGCAGUCUGAUCCACUCGGCUAGAUUAGCCAUAAUAAACUAUAAGGAGUCCCAACAUAGUUCCGCCAGAACGAAGAAUGGUCUACCGAAAGCGCGAUCUGAGAUCACAUGAGGAUUAUGAAAAUGGAAAAAAUAUUAUAUUUAUACUCUUCAUGUUCUUAGUUUAAGUUUUAGCUAAGUAAAUUGUUAAGUAAUUUAUAUAAUAAAAAAACGAUUUAUCCGAACAGAAGGAAUGGCGACCACCAAAAGAAGGUUUGGUUCUGACCCACAUGAUGCCUGUUGGUUUACUAGAUGUAUUUGAAGAGACGUUGUGCAUUUUGUUAUUUCAUAUGAAUCCGUGAUACCCUUGUUACUAUCUCUUUGGUGAAAAUGUACAUUGCAGCUAUCAACUUGUGGAGUGGUUCUCGUGUUUCUGGAUCGUUUUUUCGUUCCUCCUCAUGGUAAUAUGGUGAAAUUUACUCCCUGAAGUUCACAGCAAAUAUUGAAGAAGGGGGAUUUGAUGUAAAAGAGAAUUAAUUUUAUAAAUGUGAAAAUAAAGGUCUUUCAUUUAAA